UUACCUAGUAAUGCAACAAGAUAAGAUCCUAAUACAGCUGUACACAGUGGUACUGGUUUUCUUUUCUUAAUAAUUUUUCUUAUUACUUUUGCCUCUGUGACAGAUGGUCGCAGCGUAUUAUGUUUUGCCUCAAGAAGAAGACAGUGACUGUCAGAAGUUUGGCCUUACUGUGCAGCUCCUCCCAGAGAAAAUAGAUCAGAGUGAGGAAGUAUACAACCUGAGAAUAUAUGUUUUGUAUAAGGACAAGGAGCGUGAUGCAUCCAUGUCAAUCUUGGAUAUUGGCUUGUUCACUGGCUUCACUGUCAACAUAACUGACUUGGACUUAUUGUCUAAAGGACGUGCCCGUAUCAUUUCAAAAUAUGAGAUGGACACACUUCUCUCAGAAAAAGGCUCCCUCAUCAUCUACCUGGACAAGGUUUCUCACACACGACCAGAGGAGAUUAGUUUUAGGAUCCAUCAGAAGAUGAAAGUGGGUGUCUUACAGCCAGCUGCUGUGUCUGUCUAUGAAUAUUAUGACCAAAAACGCUGUGUGAAAUUCUACCAUCCAGAGAGGAGAGCUGGACAGCUGAAGCGGCUCUGUAGGAAUGAUGAAUGCAUAUGUGGCGAAGAGAACUGCAGUAUACAAAAGUUCAAAGUCAGAAACACUUACCGUAGUGAAAAGGUUUGUGAGAUCACAUCGACCAGCAAAACAGAUUUUGCAUACAAAGUAAGAGUGGAGAAUUAUACAGAGGGCUUGUCCACUGACACUUACCAAGUGCGAAUAGUGAACGUUAUUAAAGAAGGAAGUCUUGAUGUGGACCUUCUGGGCAAAGUGCGCACAUUUCUCAGUCAUCCUCACUGCAGGGAAGCUGUAGAUAUGAGAAAAGACAAAACUUACCUCAUCAUGGGCACAUUCAAAGAUGUUUAUAGAGAUGACCAAACAUUCUCAUAUCAGUACAUGCUCGGUGGGAGAACCUGGAUCGAGUACUGGCCCACAGAGGAAGAGUGUCAAGAUGAGGAGCACAGACCCACCUGCUUGGGUAUAGUGGAAAUGAUCCAGCAGUACUCAGUCUCUGGAUGUCAACAAAAGUAAAACUCAAGGAGAUAAAAAUGUUCUUUUCAAAUUGUUUGACUUUGAAUUGUCCUUGUUGUGUAAAACAUUCACUACUAUGAGAUAUAUGGGAUUCAGAAGAUAAAGUUUUACAUUGCUGAAUAAAAUGUUACGG